GGAACGCACAUCAGAGGUGAGGAUGGUGAGGGCAUGGGAGAACUAGAUAGCGGAAAGCUUGGGAGCCCAGAAGGCGGGACAAUGUCAGGGUAAAUUGGAAGAGAGGGACUUAGAUGGAAAUUAGGUGCCAGAGGGAUGAGAGAAAUAUAAAAAAGGAGUAAUUUGGGAAGAUUUUUGUGAGGGUGUGUGUCUAUAUGUGCGUGUUGACUUAUCCAGCUGUUUCAGUUAGACUGAGGAUGAUGUUUGUUUUCUAAUUUGGGGUGGAUGUUCUGGUUGAUUAAUAGUUAAUAAAAAUCUUGUGUAAUAGCGAGGUAAGAACACAAUCAAAAAGUGACAGUACACAUCUGUGCAGAGGUCGGAGGCAUCUAGAAAAGGCAGCUCAUGUGCGAUGUUGAGUGGCGUGAACUAAGCGAGGGGAUAGAGGGGGGGUGGGUGCAGCCAGGCUCUGUGCAAAGAUGAAUACAGCUGUGCAGAGAGGCUGUGCAUGUUGCACAAACAGUAAAACAACCUGCAGCAGCAGCUCACACAUCAAGAUCACGUUAUUAUUCCUUAUGGCUCACUGACAACUGCAGGAAAAACUGGGACCGACUCAGGAAUCCCUGAAAAGAGGUGACCAUUGGCAACACGGUGGGACAUAGCAGGUGGAAGAUUUGGAAAGGAAACAAAGGAUAAGAGCCAAGAAAAAAGGAGCGGAGGAAGAAAAUCACAAAAGACGAGUACUGACACUAAUUAAGCCGUGGUGGUCCCAGCCUUCCGAUCCACAAUGUCUGUUCAGCUGCACCAGGUUCUUCUUUUCUGCCUGACUCUCACAAAGGGAGGGUGCACGUUCACCAACAACCAUUGGGGUGACUGGAAUGACUCUCAGCUUCUACCAACGAUUCAGAAACUCAUGAAGGGAUACAAUCGAUACCUCAGGCCUAAUUUUAAUGAGGGUCCUGUGGAAAUCGGAAUGAGCCUUGACAUUGCCAGCAUCGACGCCAUUUCUGAAAUCAAUAUGGACUACACAGCAACUAUCUUCCUCCGUCAGCGCUGGCGGGAUUCCAGGUUGGUGUUUCCCGGGAAUGAGAGUGUGAGCGUAGACGGACGUCUUGUGUCUCUGCUCUGGAUCCCUGACACCUUCAUCCCAGACUCCAAGCGGUCCUUCCUGCAUGAUGUCACUGUGGAAAACCGCCUCAUUCGGAUCUUUAGCAAUGGAACUGUCCUCUACGCCUUGCGUAUAACUGCUACAAUUGCCUGUAACAUGGACCUGACCAAAUAUCCCAUGGACAAACAGGAAUGCACGUUGCAACUGGAGAGCUGGGGCUAUAACAUACAGGAUGUUGUGUUCUACUGGACCAGAGGGAAUGAUUCAGUGAAGGGUUUGGACACCCUGCGGCUGGCUCAGUACAGCGUGGAGAGCUACUAUACAUCAGUGUCAGAGGCCGUGUACGAAACAGGACAUUACCCCAAGCUGGUGCUGCAUUUUGCGCUGCGUAGAAACGUCUUGUUCUUUAUCUUGGAGACGUAUGUUCCUUCCAUUCUUCUUGUGGUUCUGUCCUGGGUCUCUUUCUGGAUCAGCCAGUCUUCUGUACCGGCUCGGACCUGCAUCGGAGUGACAACAGUACUGACGAUGACUACUCUGAUGAUGGGUGCCCGCACUUCCUUACCUAACGCCAACUGCUUCAUAAAGGCCAUAGAUGUCUAUUUGGGCAUCUGUUUCACCUUCAUCUUUGGCGCUCUGCUGGAGUACGCCUGUGCUCAUUUUUACACCAUGCAGCACCAAACCCUAGAAGAUCUCCACAGGGAGCUUCUGAGAGAGUUCUGUGAGUCUAACGGAAACGGCUUGAUCCCCAUCAUGGGGCCGAGCCAGCCGAGCCAGUCUGCAGAGAUUGGUUCCACUGCAGAGGAAGCCACUGAGCAGCCAGUGAACAGUGACAUUAAGAAUCCUCCAGCAACCAGAGAGAAAGUGCAGAGUCAGGGCUGUGGGUUGUCGUCUGUGAAGGAUGCGUCACGCAGAGCAGUGUCUGUCUUCAUCGUUGAAAAUCCACACAACAUCGAUCGUCACGCCCGCACUGUUUUUCCCACAGCUUUCCUGGUUGUCAAUAUCCUUUACUGGCUUUAUUAUCUCUUUCUCUGAGUGCCAGUUCCAGGCUGUGGAAUAGGAAGAUUCACCACUUGAGGCUAUUCCAACUCAGUAACUGUCAUCACAGCCUGGAUCUGAACUGAUUUGAUGCAGGUUUAUCUAGGAUCACCCUGAUAAAACCUUUUAGCAAACAGAUUGAUUAAAAAAAAAGCUAAAAUCUAAGUUCAGAACCGUUUUAAUGGUAAAAAAAGAGGACAAUGUCUCUAUAAAUGUGCAUGUGGAAGUGAUGAUGAAGCAUCUGUUACCUGUUUACAAGUCCAUAAGUCCAAAAAAGGAGCAGUAAACUUGUUCCUAUGGGCAGCUUGUUUUGACCCCACCCUAUGCUGUGCUGCAUUGAGAUGCCUUCAUUAAGUGACUCAUGUAGAUGUGCUCUUUUUUCUUGCUUUGGCUGUAAUACAUGGAGUCAACAUAAAUUUGCUUAACAGCAUAAAAUGUGCAAUUAAAAACAACAGUGAGUCCUUCAUUGUGAGUGUGCCGGUACAUUUUAAUGGGAAAACGUAUCUGUUUGCAACAUUAAACUUAAACUGUUUUCACGAAUGAAAGCAACAUUUAUUUUUCCUUUAUCCAGGUAAAUCAAGUAAAGUGCAAAAGUCAACCACAAGUCCUGCAGACAGGAAGCUAAAGUGACAUUUGAAGAAUUUUUUUGAGUAGAAAAAUUAAAAUGUUUUAUCCUAUAAGAAUGCAUUAGUCAUUAUUUUUUAUAUUUCCAUUAUAUAUGAAAGACAAAUUCCAAUAUGUGAACCAACAACUUCAGAAAGGUGAAAGACUGUCCAACUUUUUUUUAAUUAGCAAUGCUACUUUGAACUAAAUGUUGCAAAAAAAUAAAAUAAAAAAGGCAGCAUUUUAAAAUUAAAUAUGCCACAAUAAUAUUUUUAUAGGAAAGUGCAAAAGCAUCAGACCCUCCAAAUUUAGAUAUCUGUAAUUUUGGACAAGGUCUGAUGGAUCUAAUCAAAAAA